AUGAGCUCGGCAGCACAAGUCCGGGAGGUGCUACAGACACUCGAUGCUCUGUACCAUAACCCGGAUCCGCAAGCGAAGGCGCAAGCGAAUGUCGCGCUGCAGCGCUUCCAGCGUACCGAAGACGCGUGGCGCACGGCAAACGAGCUCCUGCUCGCGCAGGAACAUGCGCUCACCUCGCGCCUCUUUUCCGCGCAAACCUUUCGCUACAAGGUGACACUGGAUCUGGAGCAGCUUCCUGCCGAAGCGCAACUCUCUUUGCGCGAUACGCUGCUCGACGCCCUCCAGCUUUAUGCACAAGGGCCACGUGUCGUGCAGACCCAGCUGUGCCUUGCGCUCGCCGCGCUCUCGCUCCAGCUGCCCGAGUCGGUGUGGCCGCGGGUGAUCCCAGGUAUGGUGGAGCGGUUCGGUGGGAAGCCAGAGACUGUCGGCGUUUUGCUCGAGUUCCUCUCUGUGCUUCCCGAAGAAGUCUCAACGAACCACCGCAUUCCGGUGAGCAAUGCCACCUACCGCGAGCGCGUGCCGCAGCUGCUUACCCAGCAGGCGAGCACGGUACUACAAGUCCUUUCUAUGUACAUCCACGCGCAGGGCGUCACGCCUGCGAUCCAAGAAACCGUCUUUCGCUGCCUCUGCAGCUGGCUCAAGGCAGGCGAGGUAUCCGCGAUGCAGCUCGCAGAAACGACACUGCUGCAAUUUACCUUUGAUGCGCUGAACACAGACGCACUUUUUGAUGUCGCCGUGGACGUGUUUUGCGAUCUUAUCCACGAAACGCAGGAAAUUGCGGAAAAUCGGCCCGUGGUGAUGCUGAUUCUCUCGCGUCUCCAGUCGCUGCGCGCGGUGCUCUCCGCCGCCGGCGAUGACGAUGACAAGGUGCGUGGUUUGUGCCGCAUCUUCGUCCAGGCCGGAGAGACCUACCACGCCCUGUUCAUGGAGCACGUUCCAGAGAUGCUCCCCAUUGCGCAGGCGAUUUUCGAGUGUGCGUCCUACCACGACUUGGACAUUGUCCAAAUCACCUUUCACUUCUGGUACCUCUUGGCCACUCAUGUUCAUAAUGCCGGGGAAGCCGGUAAUGCAAACGCAGCGCCGUAUCGCGCGCUGUACCAGCAGCUGUUCGAGAUUAUUAUCCGGCACCUCGCUUUUCCUCAAGACACACUCUCCGGCCAAGAGCGCGACGAUUUCCGCUCCUUUCGGCACUACAUGGGCGAUACAUUAAAAGACUGCUGCUGCGUGCUCGGCGCAGAGGCGUGCUUGUCGCGCUCCUUGGAAAUGAUCGAGACCGCACUCCGCGAAGAGUCGCCCGCACUGCGCUGGCAGGACAUCGAGGCGCCAUUGUUUUCCAUGCGCUCCAUGGGCGCCCAAGUGGAUUUGCGCGACGACCAAGUUACCCCGCGUGUGCUUGCCAUUGUGCCGCAGCUGCCGCCGCAUCCGCGCCUGCGGUACGCAGGUCUUCUUGUCUUGUCACGAUACACCGAGUGGGUAGAACAACACCCCGACCGGAUUCCGGAGAUGCUCACGUUUAUCACUACGGGGUUCGAAGGUGCGGACAAGGAGAUCAGUGCGGCCGCGGCACAGGCGCUCAACUUUCUGUGCCAAGACUGCCGCGCGCACCUCGGCGCAUACUUGCCCCAGCUCUUUGCGUUUUUCACCACGAUCAAGGAUUCGCUGUCUGCCGAGGAUAUGCUGUCGCUGGUAGAAGCCAUUGCCUACGUGAUUUCUGCACUCCCUCCGCACGAGGCGACCGAGUCGCUGGUGUACUUUACGCAGCCACUGCUGGCGCAUGUACAUGCAUAUACAAUGCUGCCCUCGCCAAGCAAGACGGAGACGAUGCACGCUGCCGACCGAAUCGAGCAGCUCGCACGCAUAUUGCAGGUCAUGGGCGUGUCGCUGGCGUCGACGCUGCCGGAAAGCUGUGCUGCGACGUGCUCGCAGGCGUAUGCAAUCUUGGACCGCGUGCUCGAGCUCCACGGCAGCGUAUACUUUGUCUCGGAGCGCACUUCGAGCCUCAUCCGCCGCGCGCUCAUAUUUUUCGGGCAUCGCGCGGAACCGACCUUGGCACCGCUCUUGGAGCGCUUGGCAUCGUCUUUUGAGAGCACUGGCUUUUCUGGCUACGUUUGGAUCGUUGGUAAAUGCAUCGAGCAAUUCGGCCACGGCGCAGGCGCGCCCUUGUUUGCGCUCCUGUCCUCCGCGUUGGAGCGCGUGAGCGUCAAACAGGCGCUUUUGCUCAAAGAACACGGGCCGGAUCAGCUGUCCGACGUGCUCGACGACUACCUGCAUACUUGCCUAGUCGCACUCGGCGCUGCGCCGGGCAUGCUGCUCGCCGCGCCUUUUUUCCCCGACGCGUUUGGCGCUGCAGUGCAUGCACUCCAGGCGCUGUCUCCGUCCGUGGUUAGCAUCGCCUCCGACACGAUUCGCAACGUGCUUAAGUUCCCGGCCAAGCCGAUGGGCGCAGCGUAUGUGGACAACGUGCGCGCUGUUGCGCAGAACCAGGGCUACCACCUCUGCUGCCACAUGCUCCUUGGACUUGUCACGCAUUUUCCGCCGGAAAACAUGCCGGUCGUGAUCGAUACCGUGCGUGCGCUCGCGCAUCUCUGUCCGGAGCAGCUCCCGCAGUGGAUCGGCGGCGCAAUCGAGCAGCUACCCCAGGAUUUGGUUCCUGUCCAGGACCAGGUGCGGUUUAUGGAGAGUUUAGGGAGCGGCCCGAUCGACGAGGCAGGUGUCAAGCGCAGCUUGGUCAUUCUGUAUGGAGCAUCGCGCAAGUCGCGCGAGCGAGGUAUGUACGAGCUGUCUAACCACAGUGGAAUUCGACAAGGAAGUCAUGGGAGCAGAUAG